UCCAUGGCCGGAUCAGAGCGAUCAUCCUUGCGGGAGGAGGAGCUGGGCAAGGAGGAGGCGGAGCCCGGGGGAGAAAGCGAAGAAGGAGGAGGACCUCUUCCCGAAGGCAGGCAGUUACUGCUGCGGCAGACCGAUGGAAGUCAAAUUGUGGAGCAGAAGAAAAAGCAAAGAAAAAGACAACGAAAGAAAUCAUAUUGUCUUGACAAUUCUGUAAACUGUCUGAUGAUGGAAAUGCCAUUUGCCAAAGCAGAUAUUGAGGCUGAAUUUAGCAUCAGCAGCAUACCUAAACCAAAUGUUGAAAAGAAGAGAAAGAGAGUUACUGGAAGGGAUAAUGAAGAAGAGACCCUAAUAAUGAAAAAGAAGAAGAAUCAAGAUCGGCCAAAUUAUUUCAUCUCAGUUCCAAUUACAAAUCCAAAGAUCAAGGAUGGUAUUCAUGCUCUCCAGGAUACAAUAAUACAAAAGGAUUGCAGGCUUUCCAAAGCAAUGGUUCAUUCUGGUUCUUUGCACAUCACCCUCUUAGUAAUGCAUUUAUCUAGUGAAGAAGCAGUUGGCAAAGCAGUUGGUGCUUUCUUGGAGAGUAAAGGAUUAAUAGAAGAUCUACUGCAAGGGAAGUCCUUGGAUUUAUCUUUUCAAGGAACAGAUCACUUUAGAAAUCAAGUUGGAUUUGUGAGGUUGACAGAGAGUGAUCAUGUAACCACACUUUUAAAGAUAACAGAGAUUGUGAAGAAAGAAUUUCAAGAAAAGGGCAUCUUCACAGGAGAUGGCAAAGCUUUUAGGCCUCACUUGACCUUCAUGAAGCUGUCAAAAUCACCAAAACUACGAAAACAGGGAGUGAAAAGAAUUGACUCAACCUUGUUUGAGGAUUUCAAGAACCAACAUUUUGGAGAUGAGCCCCUGAGCCGUCUAGAUCUUUGCUCUAUGCUGAAAAAAAAGCAACCUAAUGGCUACUAUCACUGUGAGUCUUCUAUCACAGUAGGGAAGAGCCAUGAAUCAGAUGUAAUAAAGGAAGCUUUGCACAGAGAACUGUUGACCCUGUUGUCCACACUUAAUCAGAUAAAGGAACUUUUAUUAAGCCCAGAGAUCCGGAUGAAAAUGUACAAGGAACUGCUUGAAAAGUGGCAACAUCUGGGAAAGUCUUACUAAUGCUGUCUCUCCAGUCUCUUAGCUAUAAAUAUGAAUCCAUACAAUUUCAUUUUAAGAUAAAGAGCAUUUGUUUACCAAAAUAUGGUUUUCUUUGAUGGGAAGGGGUGGUUCAAUAUUGAAAAUAUUAGAAAUUAAUAUAAAUAAUAGAUGAUAUAAUACAUUUGUUUCUAGAAUCCACUUGUUUUGAUGAGAAACAAACAUUAAGUAAUCUUACUUUUAUAUUGUCUCAAGAAAACGACAAAUAUGUUUUAAGCACGGUGUUAUUUCAGUAACCCUACUUAUAAUUGGCAACAUAAUUCUAAUUAUUUAUGCAAGAAUAUUCUGUAUGAAAGUCCAAUAUACUGUUCUGGCAUCAUCUGGGCAAUGCUAUUCUUUGUGACCGGCUUAGUCUCAUCCUAUGCACUCAUUAUUGAUGACACAGGAACACAAAGGACAAUUUAAUACAAGGACUUCCUAUACUCAUGGUAAAGUUUUGCAGUGCAAACCCAGAAGUGGAGGAAACAGUACUGAUGGAAAGGAGAUCCUAUAUGGAAAAGAACUGUAUGCACUUUUCCUUCCAAUGGACUGUUCCACCUGCAUGGAUCCUGAGAUUUCCCCAUUCUCAGUACCAUUUAUUAUACAGACUACUGUGAAGAUCUGUACUGGUUAUGCAGAGGUGCUGUGUGGUCUGCAGGUAUCAAAUAUCCCGAAUCAGCCUGUCAAAAGUCUAAAACAUAGCUGGAGCACAAUUCAGCCAAAGUUAAACACUUUAAAGUUCCACAGAGUUCAAUGGGCGUGUUUCAUGGAGUUCUCAGUUUCCUUCUGUUUUGCAUCAGAAAGACUAAAAAGAAUGCUUAAUAAUGCCUGGACCAUUCCCCGGGCUGUUCAUCUUUUUAGCUUUAGGCCCCUUAUUCUUUGUACUUUAACAGAUCAUUUCAGCAGCCAUAAAGUAACGUUUUAAGGCAAACUAGCAGAUUAUUCUGAAUGAUUUAAAACUGUACAGCUAAGAAAAUUGUUUUAUAUUGUACAGUACUGCCUUUUCUGUAUGUAUGCUAUCAUUUUGUUUUUUGUAAUGUUUACUUUUUUAACAAAUGAAAAUUUGAAAUCAUAUGUACAGAUGUUGAAAUACAAUUUUGCUGUUUACAUGCAAAACAGGAAUGUUUUAAAUUUCUCAAUAUGUAUUGUGAAGUUGCAGAACACAAAGCUCUUUAUACCUAAUUUUUCCUCAAUGGGGUAUGCUUCAUUUUUGAAAGAGAACAUUCUUGUUUUCUUUUGCUUUUCAUAGCAGUCCUCUGGAGUUUGAGAAGGACUAAGAGUGUUAUACUGAAAUGGAAGUGCUCUGCUUGCCCUUUGUUUCCUGCAGCAACCCUGCCUCUAGCAGUAGCUAAAGACAGUACAUUGGAGGUUAGUGAAAGUCUGACAGGGUGUAACUACAACCAGUUUUUAGCACCUUUCACAGGUGGCAACUAUCUUAGUGAAAAUGCUAUGAAAACGUAAUUGGCAAAGGCCUCUGGAGACUGGGAAAAUCCUGUUCCUUAAUGGAAAGGAACAGGAAUUAAUCCCCUGACUUGGCCCCAGUAAUUUGUAUUUCUACAUAUAUAGGAGUUUUCUUUUUCAAUGUGAGAAGGCUGAUACUCCCUUGAUUCAACAGUUAAGGCUUUGACAAAAAAAGGAAAGCUGUUUGACUCACAAUGAAUGAAUAAAAUAAUAAAUACAUAAAUAAAAGGCAUAAGCACUGCCACUUUGCUCCUCUCACUUUGGCACAGCAUCAAGGUGAGGUGCCAAGACAAAGAGAUUGCAUGCCAAAGCAAAGCAUGCUUCUAUUGUACUCAUGCUGGGAGUAAGUGACAAGCAUAACCAAAUGUGUAGUCAUACACAAAUAAUGGACCCUUUAUUUUGUGCUAUGCAGCCUUGAAAAUACAAUUCACACCAGAACAAACACCAGCUUUCUCAUGCUAGCUACAGCACUAACCUUGUCCCCACCCCCUCCCAACAAUCUGGGCUUCUCCAUCUUCACACACUGGAUUGUCCCACACAGUAGUGUCUAGAGCUAUAUAUUUAUGUGUACUACAUUCUACAUAAACUGCAAAUGCUUCCUUGGGUUAACUUCUUGUAGCAGAGGACAGCUGGUAACUCCAUCUUUCCUUUGUGGGUAGCAAAGUACUGACUGAUCUAGAAAGAAACUCAUGUGCUUGCUGCAGUCUGCCUCCCACAAUUGGCAAAAGGAAUCCCAUUUAUGUUCAUGUGCUCUAGAUUCUAGUUAAUGGGAUUCCUAUCACUCUAGAUUCUAGAUAAAUGGGAUUCCAAUUGCUAAUUAUGGCAGACAAACCACUUCACAAUGGAGGGAAGUACAAAGUAGCGUCUCCCAAGCAGCUAUAUUAGGACCUGGGGUGUUUUUUGGUGUGUUUUUUUUAAUGUGUUGAUUAAUGAUCUGGAGUUAGGGAUGAAUAGUGAAGUGGUCAGGGUUGUGGAUGACACCAAAUUAUUCAGAGUAGUGAAACCCAAAACAGAUUGCAAAAAAAUCCAAAUGGAUAUCUCCAAACUGGGUGACUGGAACAAAACGGCAAAUGCUGUUCUACAUAAGUAAGUAUUAAGUGUUACACACCAUGGCCAAAAAAAAUUAAAAAAAAUCCUAGCUUCACAUAUACAUUGAUAAGGUCUGAGUUGGUGAUGACUAACCAGAAGAGAGAUCUUGGAGUUCUGAUGGAUGACUCAAUAAAACAUCAGCCCAGUAUGUUGCAACUAGAGGAGAGCUGGUCUUGUGGUAGCAAGCAUGACUUGUCCCCUUAGCUAAGCAGGGUCUACCCUGGUUGCAUAUGAAUGGGAGACUAGAAGUGUGAGCACUGUAAGAUAUUCCCCUCGGGGGAUGGAGCCGCUUUGGGAAGAGCAGAAGGUUUCAAGUUCCUUCCCUGGCUUCUCCAUGAUAGGGCUGAGAGAGAUUCCUGCCUGCAACCUUGGAGAAGCUGCUGCCAGCCUAUGAAGACAAUACUGAGCUAGAUAGACCAGUGGUCUGACUCAGUAUAUGGCAGCUUUCUAUGUUCCUAACUGUGAAAGGUUAAAGUGUUUGGAUUGCUUCAGUUUAGAAAAAAAUGCAACUAAAAGCCAAACUAUAUGUUGGGUUAAAAACAUGACUGGCUCUGCAUGCUUGGCACUAAUGGAAGCACUAACAAAUACAAAUAUGAUGGACAUUUAUAUACCACUUUUCAACAAAAGUUCCCCAAGAUAUAAAUAAAUAAAAUGACUCCUUGUCCCCAAAGGGCUCACAAUCUAAAAAGAAACAUAAGAUAGACACUAGCAACAGUCACUAGAAGUAUUGUGCUGGGGAUGGAUAUGGCUCUUCCCCUGCUAAAUAAAGAUAAUAGCCGCUUUAAAAAGGUGUCUCUUUGCUCAAUUAGCAGGGGUAACAGGCAAAUCACAGCUGUGGAGAGGUGGGAGCAAUCUAAAUUGGGAAAGCAUAGAACAAAAGGGUAACAUCUCCUUCCUCAUGCUAUGGUUCUAGUCUGUAUCACCCCCACCCCCCACACAUACAGCUCCUAAACAUCAAACACACUUGAACAAAUUAUUAAUGUAAUGUGUAGUUUAGUCCUAAGUAGGGGCAGGAAGGAGACAUGAUGGAGGUUUAUAAAAGUAUGCAUGGUGUGGCAUAAGUGGAAAGAGAGAAGUUUUCUCCCUCUCUUUCAACACAGGAAUCAGGGGUCAUCCCAUGAAACCAAUUGGUGGGAGAUUUAGGACUGAUAAAAGAAAGUACUUCUUCACACAGGACAUAACUGUUGCAUUUGCUGUUACGAGAUGUAGCCACUAGCUUAGAUGGCUUUAAAAAGAAUGCCUCUGAGAGGGGAAUUGCCAUCAUCACCUGUUUGUGGCUUCCCACAGGCAUUUGGUUGCCACUAUGGGGGGAAAGGAUGCUCAACUAGAUAGGCCUUCGGUCUGACUUUGGUUCAGCAGGGCUCUUCUUACAUUCUUAAAUAAAGAAACAGUUCAGUUGUACUUUGGCUUCAUGAAACAUGCUCAAAGUUGAAUGCUGAGCUACUUUUGGAAAGAAAUGUGUUUCAGUAUUUGCGUGAUGUUAGAUUUUUACACCUUUCACUUCACAGCAGAACUGCCCUUUGAUUGCUAAAAAACACUGUACUGUACAGACACUAACAUGUCAUAGAAUAUAACAAUAUUCUCUAUUUCUUAUGGGGCUUGUCAUAGGUGUUAGGUCAUCUAAUUAUUUCAGGAAAAGGAAAAGCUUUGAACUCUUGAAAUGCUAAAGAAUAAAUGUUGCAGUGUG